GUCUCAGGCUCGUGUAAAAAAGAUAACCAGAGUGUUGCAGCAAAUGCGCGCGCGUCGAAAAUGCGGAGCGAUGAAAAUGCAGUACUUCUUACAGAAUGAAUGAGGAAGGUUCGCAACCAUCCGCAUCGCCCGUAACGUCUGCAGCGGGUCCGACUUCGCGCAGGAACAAGAAGAUGUCUGGUGCGAACCGCGAGCUGCAGGAGAUGCACGAGGCAUUGAUGGCGCUCGAGGAGGAGCGGACACGCAUCAUGGAGCGCUACCAGCCUCCAACCGAAGCGGAGCGGCAAGACCCCGCGCAACACGGCAGCGUCGCCGACGUGUCGGACUGGGGCGAAUCCUCCGGAGACCAGCUGCUGUCCCCAAAGAACAUGGGGCCGCCGCCCGACUGGGCCCCGGCGUCGUUGCGAGGGAGCUUGAGUCAAGCACAAGAAGUUUCGAACAAAUCCUCCAGUACUCGGAGAGCCAACAUGAGUGGUCACCAGCGCAGCGGCCGAGGUAUGCUGCGCGGAAGCAAGCGCAGCGCUCACGCAAGUCGAGGAUGGCGUCGUGCGGGGGCCAAUACAGGAGGGGACGGUGGUGGGAGCAGCUCCUAUAAUUACCCGCCGGACCACAGGACCAAAGGCGGCAAGCAUGCGCGCCCCGGAGUUGCGCCGGAAAUGGACGGAGUGAACAGCAGUAGUGGUCCAUCUGGAGUAGGAGCCGCCACAGGUGCCAUGAUGCCCGGUAAAGUGUUGCAGCUGUCUCUUCUGAUUUCGCUAGCGUUGGUCGGGUCGGUUACAGUGGUGGCGAUUCUGUGCUCCGAGGAUCUGCGGAGGGUGCUCUUCAACCCAGGAACAAGUGGGCAUCUUCAUGGCAGCACAGAAGGUGUUACAGUGGACGAGGAUGGAUUCUUACGCUCUUCGACUCACCCAAAUCGACGAGGGUCGGUCCCGCCACUGCAAGAAAGAAGUCGGCAGAUAGACCUGGACGGUGAAGAAAAUCGCCCACGGCGCUAUACCUCGGGGAACACGUUGCGCAGCAAGGAUCAUCGCGAAUCUCCGCUAGAAAGAGGCCAGUCGAAAAAAACUCGGAAUUCUUCUAUUAUUAGCAGUAGAACACCAGAGACUACGGACGAUAGUGGUCGCCGUUCUACCGCAAGACAGUCAUCCUCCCCACGCGCCGAGGGGGAGAAAGAUAGCAAGCUGCGCCUGAAGCAGGACAGUGGGCACGAGGCUGCAAAGCGAAGGUCUCGCGGCUCUGGUCGCGGCGAUUCGAGGCCUGGCGCCACGCCGGCAUCAGACGAUCUUGCGAGUCUCAGCGGUCUGUCAGAUUCCGGUGGCAGUUCCAAUCGCGAAAAGUCUCUGGAGCUGUCGGCGACCUCCGAUUCUGGUCCGGACCGCGAGUCGUCGCCCGUGAUGGAGCAGCGCGGUCGUUUCCAGGUGCAAAAGUCACGCCGGCGCAGUGCGGUGGAAGACGCUGCAGACUCCGACUCGCGCAGUCCGGGCGCUGCAGCUUCCUCUCGGGGUGCUGCAACCACAACUUCCUCCAGGACGAACAAGGGUUACGAAGAGCAACCUUCCUCGACUGGUGCACGUGGUAAUAAGUCAGUCCGCAGGUCACAACGAGAGCCGAGCCGCCGGUCUCGCGAUCCUUCUCCAGAACCACGCCGCCCCCGCGGACCUGAAGGCUCCGCAGACGAGUCGCUGAGCCGGUCCGGCGGCAGUUCCUCAUUUGCGUUGUUUCGCCGCCGGAGCCCCGAACAAAAAAAGCCAAGUGGUUCUUCGCGCGAAGACUACCGCCGCGGUUCCUUCGUGGAAAAUGGGCACGACAUCACUGCACUGGAAAGACGGCUCAGUGUUGCGCACGAUCCGGUUCACAUCAUUCCAGGCGGAGGUGCGGGACUCGACGCCGGGGCAGGAGGACACCCAUCGUACGAAGAGCAGGUGCUGUCUGCGAGUUUGCAAUCUCUGCAGGGACGCAUGGGCAGUGAUUGGCCGGGUUCUUCCCUAGCUUCCUCCCUUCGCCACAUGUUCUCUGGUCAGUCUUCGCGGGGCCAGCAACAGCCGCAGUUUCCGCAACAGCAGCAAGUGCCGCAGCCGCAGACCAGCUGGGGAGGCAGUUUCGGUUGGGGGUUCCGCGGAAACGCACCUCAGCAGCCGCAAGCCGGACCUGCAAUUAUGGCGACGCAGCCGCACUUGGGAACUAUAAACGCAGGAAUCGGAGGACAAGCAGCAGCAGCACCACCGGGCUUCAUCCAGCCGUCUGGAUACCAACCACUCUUGCCUCCUGGGCAACACCAGGGCGCAGCAAGCCGUCGCGGAUCCGUGGUUGAGCAAACGGAGUGCUUUGGCGCAGGUUGCGCAACAAGCAUGAUGAAUUCGCAGUACCACAAUGGAACGACUGUUGGCGGCAUAUCCGUGCCGGUACCUCUCGCAUUUCCAGCGUCCGCACCACCACCGCGCCCCUCGUCGCAGUGCGAUUUUCAAAACCAGGGCUCCUGGUGUGACCCCGCAGCACAAGCGAUGCACCACGGAGCGCAACACGGAGCCUGGGGAGCCGGUGGCAGCAGUGGCCCAGACGGCAGUGGCAAUCACUGGCGCAAUUACCUGCCCCGACCACCGGAGUUUCAGGGCCAGCCUGCAGCUGCGCCACAGUGUACGCGAUAGCUCUUUCAAGCCUUAGUUUUUGACUCUCAUGACUAUGAUAGUACAUCAACAUCACAAGUUCAUCAAGUACUUGAAUCUUCACUUUACAGAUCCGGGGGAGUUGGAGCAUCAGGGGGCCUGGUCGUCUCAGCCACAUGCCUCGUUGAUGCCCCCGCCACCACAGCCGGCGCAUUCUCCUCAAGUGCCCUUGGCCUCUGGAGCAGGGCAGUACCGCAUUGGUCCCCCGAAGCGGAAAACCCUGAGCAGUUGGUGGGAUGACGACUGGGAUGACGACUCGGACGUGCGCGCUGCGCCUGUAGCGCAACCUCAGCCCCCCGGCUUCGGACCCGGACCGGUACAGAAACUACUAGUGGAUACUUCUUGUUUUGCUGAUUGUGUUAAUACAGGAGCCGAGUCAUUUUUUGAGGGUCCUACGAUUCUCUUCCUCUGCUUGCUUGUUUUGCCAAGCCAAUGCACAAGUUUGACUUUUCUUUUUCUGCAUAUACAGACCGUUGAUGCACACCGAACAUCAGAGCAGCCACCAUCCCUUCCGCUCGUGGCCCGACCCGGCCAUUUGACCGGCUCCGACGACAACAAUCCUUAUCGAAUCCCAAACUUGAUGUCCCCUACCGGCAUCGACUCCGACUUUCACACGCCCACUCACGUCUCAAGACUCUCCACCCGGCGCCCAAGUUUCACCGGCGCACCACUACAACCGCAGCUGCACCCCGGUUUGACGCUCGACGAACGAGAAAUCGAAUCGCUGAUUCCCCCAGGCGAUCAUAGUUCCGCCGGUGUAGUUCCUCUUGGUCCCCCAGCCCCUCUGCCCCCGCUCGUCGGAACUACUCCCGAAGGACCCCGUCUAGACAACGCUGCAGUGGCGCCGCAAGCUUUGAAUGGGCACAGUUACGGUCCAGGAGAAGAGAACGAGGACGGUAUCGUGGAGGACACGGACGAUGAGACAGGAGAUGCAACGAACGAAAAUACGGACUGGCAUCGAAUGAACGAGGACGACGAAGGCUUCAACAUUGCAACCCCAGCCAGCUGGGUCUCAGACGCAGAAGAGGAUGAGCGAGCUGUGAACACCAGCAACUCUGGCGACGACCUGCCUCCGGAAAUGACCACUUCGCCGGUGCCGCCUUCCUCACGAGCGCCGACCGAAGCGUCAGAAACCGCCUCGGCGCGGCUGUCGCGCGCACUGAGCAGGGAGGCGCAGAACGGCUCGGCGCGGUCGGAAAACGAGGAUGGUAUCAGCGGCGGAGCGGAGGGCGAAUCAUCUCCAGAGGACGAAGAUGACACCUCAUCUCAUCGAACGGUCACACCCGAGGAGGUUGUGCAAGAUGCCGAAGAGGUUGCUCAGGAGCAGCAGCUCAAUAUUCCAUCUCAAAAUGAUCCAAACUCCGACGCGCAACAGCAACUACCGGAGCAAACGCUCCGCGGCGUUCCAGACGAUGUGGAAGGAGGAGGUAGCGGGUCGUCUCGCGAUGGCUUCAAUCGUGAAAAUAGUCCCGCUGACGACGAUGAUAAUGAAGAGGACGUUUUCUUGACGUCUCUUCGGUGCUCAGAAGGAAAUCCAAAUGGAGCUGGUAGUGCUGCAGACUCGUGUCCACCAGUUCCGCCACCGCGUGAAGGAGCUUGGGGGGCAGGCAGCCGUGGGAGCAAUGGCGAGGGAGAGGAGCCUGCGCCUGCCCCUCCAACGAAUACACAGUUGCUGACCAUCAAGCAAGCAUUGCAAAAUGCGCUCAAGAACGCGAAUGCUCGUGAAAGUAAUCUGCAUGAUUCUUCAGGAUCAGGAGGGCGCCCGGCUUCACAGACAGAAGCUAGAAGCAAUACGAAUAGUGGCCUUGACGAUGGCGAUCGUGGUUCGCCCGAGGUGGAGAGUAGCUAUGCCUUUGCGGCCAAGACGGAAGAAGAUGAACCUUCCCUGACACAGCAGGGCGUCGUCGACAUCGACCCUGACUAUUCCGCGCAAGACUUCCUUCCUUGGCAAAGUCAAAGUGAAUCUUCAACUGGGCAAGGGACGUUAUCCAGCAACAGAGGCGCUGCUUUCUUGGGCAAGUAUCUCCCUGAAGAGGGGGUGAGAAUGGAGGAUGUUGUAGACGGCUCAUUUGCAGAGGUGCAGCGCAAGCUCAGGCAGCCUCAACAAGGUCCUGCAACUAGCCUUGCGGAGGUAGAAGUUGUUUCCUUUCCAAAGAAUGAUCCGCUUGAGAAUACUGACGCCGCAACGGAGGGUUCGGGUACACAAAGAAACAGCCAGGUAUCAGACGAACUGGCCUCAUCGGCAGGAGAACAACAGGUGGAUGAGCGUGUCUCCGAUCAUUCCGUCGGCGGCGGGGACGACCAGCACAGCAAAGGCGGUAGAAGGUUGCGGAACAAUUAUCGAGCACGCGAAGACGAGCAAAGCGAACCGAGCCUGAAAGCCCCACCUGCACCACUUCACGGUAUUGACGAGGAGGGGCAUAGUAUGCAAGAAAAAAACUGUGUAAGUGUAAAUUUGUGUUGCAGAACAUGCAACAGAGUUACGCCUGUCAUGCCAGACAGCCAUGAAGUCCUCUUUUCAUGUGUGUUUUCCCUUACAAGCCACGCAUGACAGGUUUUCUCUGUCAUGUAGAGCAAAUUUGUGAUGCUGUUUCUCAAAGAAAGGUACACUUACACACUUUUUUUCCUGGAUACACAGCAGCGAGGACGACGACUUCCAAACCAUGGCGGGGAGUGCGAGCAGCAACUCUUCCGCUGAUGCGCCACGCCGUGGCUCUUUGGAUCACCCUGACGGCGCAGCCACCGGAGGCGGACCCGCUCCUGCAGGCUCCUUUGGGGCUGCUACACCCUCGUCCCCAGUGAAAGCAGAGCAAGAUGCAAGCUUGUUUGUUGACGCCUCUUCGGACGCCGAGGCGCGCAGUGCUGCUGGGGAGUUCAAAUUGAAGCCGUUCGGCUCGGUUUACGACGAGGAAUUCGACAUGGUCGAUGAAGAUCCUGUGGUUAUGGAUGGCGGCUCGGCCUCGAAUUCCGCGUCCGCUGAGGCACCUGCGAGUACUUCUUCUGAAAACGGCACGAGAGCAGCUCGAGCGGGAAGAUACAACAUGAGCUCGACAACCUCCCCGCCGCUUUCCUUUUUCUUGCGGUCACAGCAAGAGCAAGACAAAGCCUCACAAAACACGAAGCUCCGCAAACGGAACCCGCUGAUCCAAGUUAUGGGGGAGGAAGGCCCGAAUCGUUUCGACAGCGACGACGAGGAGCAGGACCUGUCUUACGAAGACUCCUCUUCUGCCUCGCCUUCUCCGGGCGCUGAGGAGGUCAAUGCUGCUGGGAACCCUCCACAUCCGAUCAUCUUUCCACACUUCCAAUACCAUAAGUCUCCUGGUGUUGUGCAGGACCAAAACUACGCGGACCAUUCGCCUCUUACCGGGUCCCCAGCCUCCUCCAGCAGUGUCGACCAGACGGCGCGCGGAAUUCGCCGGGCUUCAAGUAACCGGGCAAAGAUCUUCGUCAUGCAGCAAGACGGUGGAUUGGCGAGUUUGGACUUGGAGUGAAAAAGUAGACGACCACCUGGCAUUUAAUAUCCUCGGAGAUUCGAAUUCGAUACAAUGAAUCUAGAUCUACGUAUUACGUCGCAAACGAAGAGCAUGCAUCACCCAUAUUUUUUUGUUUCGCUAGUAGUUCAUUGCAGUUAGAGGACGUUUUCUUUUUUGAUUUUUUCGCUAUGAAGGCUAACGACUGCCGCUUUCCUUGUGUCAUCUCGCUUGCGAAUGGGCGGCGCGCCUCUUCGAUUCAUGUGGGACAUCGACAUUGGCUUGCAAUGAACAAAAUGGCUUCUGCUUCCCCUCUACGUACCUAUCACUGUCGUGUACUAGUUUUUGUUUCUGUCUAGUUGUAAAAGUUUCUGCGAAAUGCUUUUAGUUGCUCACUUUGUUAGUGCAAAGCCAGCGUAGUUUCAGUUUGUCAAUUGAAUGAUUACACAAUAAGUUCAACAAGCGUCAUUCUCCUACUUUCGUUUCUGUACCUGUACAAGAAUCAUCCAGCUACGCUGAUCAUUGCCUUGCUCUAGUUCUGAAUAGUCAGACCAAUUGCCGUUCAUUUCUUUGUGUAAAUGCUCAUAUCUCCCCCGUUCGUCCUGGGGCUCAACCAUUUUAGAAAAAAACUAACUUCUCCGUUUGCCGUGGCGUAUUGUGCUGCGUCUGAAAAUGCUGACGUUAAAAGUUCUGAAGAAACGUAAGGACCCAAUUUCAGCAGCACUAUAGAAAUUGACGGUGUGGCAGUACGCAGCCGCACAGUUACAAUCACAGCUGCCA